CAGAAAGAGAGGAAGGGCUGGAAGUGUGAGAACGGGAGGGUGAGAGCCAUAGCAAUAAAGUAGGAGGGGUGAUAUGGGGCGGGAGCGGCGGAGGGUGGUGGCGCUGGCAGGCUUGGUCGGGUUGGGUCGGGGCGGCGGCGGAGCGGUUCUGGACGCCUUGCCGCCUCAGAACCGGUGGUGACGCCUCGCCGGGAGCACCUCUCUUCCUGCCUCCUACUCUCCCCCCCCCACCAACAUACUCCAUUCUUGCUUGCCUCUCGCCAGGCGCUCGGAGGGUGGUGACGCCGCGCCCACCCCCGUGGUGGCUCGCCGCACACCUGUCACCAGGAACACAGCCGCCGACAUCGCCGGGAGGACAUCGCCUCCUUCCUGCGUGCAGUGAUCUUUUGAGGACUGACAAAAGUUACAAGGGGAAGAUUAUGUAUUCUUCCCCCUGAUGACACACAACUCCCAUAACGGAUACAGUGAUCACUAAUCUUAGUGACAACGAUGUUCUUUCUCUUCUUACCGUAGAUAUCUGAAACUUACAGCUUGGUGGAAGUUUUCCUUCUUCGUGGUGAAGCAUUGUCGCGAAAGUUAGCCUGUGCAGCUUCGACCGCAACCAGCAGCUGCGUGCUGGGAAACUUGUGUCUGACUUAACGUAUUUCAGUGAUUUAAAACACUAGUCAUCUAAACUUAAGCAAACCACAGUGUUACCUCAAGGUUAGCGGCGUGGUGGUGUGGCGAGGGUAACCCAAGGCCCAGCACACCUGGUGGAAGAAGCAUCGCCAGAGUUACUCUCAUUCUCCUUUAGGUCGUGACUUAUCCUCGUCUGCCUCUGGUGACAGAUUUGGCUUUCACUUUCCGUCAGGCUGUCUGUCCUUCAAGUAACCCGUCUCGUCGAAGUCAGUAUCACAGCCACGAGUGUCUGGUUGUCUGCUGCGGCCUUUGAGGUAUUAUUAAGCGGUUGAUACUCUUCAGCGCCGAGAGUAUUACUGUAGUGUGUCGUGUAAGUGAAUGUGCUGCGUGUUGUGCAUAAACCAGCGGCGGCCAGGGCGGCGGGAAGGAAGUCAGGCGUUAUCCUCCGUGAUGGCACUUGUCACCCCCUGUGGCAUCCGAGGGCGGGCGGCUGAGGGGCUCCAGGGGUAAUUGUGUUGCCCCGUUUGUUUCCUUCCAUUGACGCAACGCCUGGCCCGUCCCGUCGCCUCAACCAUCAUGAACAAAGAAGAAGAGAACCCCCCUUCGUCCCCUUCCAAGGGGAAGAUUCCUGCCGUCAGCUUCGGCACGGCAGCCUUCAUCCUCAUUCGCGUCAAGAGAGCUUUCAAGAAGAAGAGAGCAAAGCUUAAAAGCUCGGUGAAGGAGGGCGGCGUGGUGAGGUCUCGUCCGCCCUUGGUCAGGAGCCGCACCCUGCCCGCCAUCGUGGUGCCCGGGGUGACCGUCCUGCAGACCGCCUUGGAAUCUACGGACCGCCGAGGUGUCAGCGAGUACCUUGGCUGGAGAUCCUCGACUGGAGGUCUUGAUGCUGGAGGCACGAGUCGUCACCAGGUGGUCCCGGCCGAAUCUCCGGUCCGCCCGCUCCUUACCGUCACCACUUUUGAGUCCGGCGGAGGUGAGCGGAGCAGCCCGGGUCGCCUCUCCCUGGGAGACGGUGAGGGCCUGGCCAUGUCCCCCGGCAGCGGUAGCGGCGGCUCCCCCGGCAGUCUCAAGGUGCCCGGGGCAGUGGCGUCCACAACGGGCGGCUUGGGCAGGAUCGCGAGGCUACUGGUCAAGGAUACUUCCCGCAGCGGCGAGGAGUCCUACAGGAGGAGGACGCAUUCCCUAGAGAGGCGGUUCAGGGCUCGCAAGUGCAAGAACGGGGUGCCUCCUCUGCGGCGCGCCACCAGCAUAGACUCCCUGGUGGACGCGAGUGUGGUGAGCGCCUCCAGCAGCAGCCACGUCAAGACCUCGGUGCUCAACAUGACCAAGUCCAACGGCCACCUCCGCUCCUAUUUGCCAGUGUCCCCGGCCCUCUACAAGCGCCCGAGUUUCAAGUUCGACAAAACCUCAACUUCUACAGGUGAGUGGAGCAAAUCUCUGGGGGUGCCGGUGACGUGUUCAGCCCUGUCAACCAUGGAUGACGUGCUGGUGGAUGGACUCAACCCCAGCAAGGCCGACCGCAAGAAACUGGAGAAGAUCAACAUCCACCUACACGCCCUUUUUGCGGCAGUGGAGCAUGGCCAGCUUGAGAAGGCCAAGAACAUUUUGGACCACAACUCAACACAGCUUGACAUCAACAGUGUCAACAAGGAUGGCUCCAAUGUGCUGGAGGUGGCAGUGAUGAACAACCAUGUCACGCUGGCCAAGAUGCUCCAGCAGGCCGGCGCCACUGAGAGCAAUGCAGGGACCAUCGAGCAGCGCAUCCUUCACCUCAAUGAACUUGUGGCCACUGCUGAACGCCGCCGGGAGGAGCUGGACUCCAAGCUGUGUGGCGGAGCAGCACACGGCCGGGAGACUGAGAGGCAACGGGACUUGUGGGACAGGCGGGUCAAGAUGCUGCGGAAAAUGCGAAUGGGGCUGGAGCAGAUGAAGGUACCUGGCCCACCUAGUCGAGCUGCCUUAGAGGUCAUUGACAGCACAAGAGUGAGGGUCACCUUUAAAGAACCUGAAGCUGAGAACUUUGCAAUAACAACAAAAUACAAAGUGGAAUGGAGUUUAGAUGAAUGGGCCACAGUUGGUGGAUGUCUCGAGAUCUACAACCUGCGGCGAAUGUCAGUGUUUGUGGAUGGCUUGGUACAGGGCAAGAGGCACCACUUCAGAGUGCUGGCCGGCAACAUGAAGGGCUACGGCACUCCUCUGACCACCACCCCACCUGCUGCCAUACCGUCCAGCUGGAGAGAUGCAGAUUCUCAGAAGCCUCGGCUGGAUGGCCAGGUGGGGGAGCUGGACGAUCUUUUCAAUCAAGUGUGCAACUCUCGCCCCCAACAUGCAGCUGAGAUCAAGGCAAUAGAGCCAGGCCAGGAGACGCCGCUCAACCUACGGAAAGCACAGAAGAAGAAAAGCAUAAAAAAUCUCUUCACUCCGGCUCCAAAGUUCCACAGAAAUCUGAAGAAGGGGUCUUACUUGGCAUGUGUGGUUUACUGUGAAGACAAAGUGCUAGUGACAACUGAAGAAUUUCCUCCUGUUGUAGAGGUUGAUGAUGACUACAUGGGCCAGGCAAGAUCACACUUUCACUGGCUGUUGAAGGUGGCCACCACCUGGGAAGACGUGAAAUCCCUGCGGCAGGACAUGGAGCGAGCCGGGUCAGCCUCCAAUGUGCCCUUCAGAAUAAAGCUGCUGCAGGCUGCUGCCAACAUGCAGACAACUCUGGGCAUUCAAGAUCUAGGACAGUUUUACCACAAGCCAAUCGUGGGCAGCAAUGGUACCCUAGUGUUCUGCACAACCCGGCAUGUGAAGAGCACCAAGGUGAUCUCAGCUAUGAACGUCAAGUGGAUCCCGCUCUCAAAACUAAAGGAGAAGAAAAGCACAAGUGCCAGUCAAGGGUCAACACAAGGAGAAACAGGAACCUCAGCCGGUGACCUCCUGUUGUCAUCACUGCAAGACCAAAUACUGUAUGACCAAGUGAGUCGGGUUCCCCUGCGGCGAGGGCUGUACCUGGGCUACCUCAAGCUGCAGAGUUCAGUGGAUGUCCUUCAUGUGUCAGUGCCAGAGAAGACGCCCAAUAUGUUCCCACACGUCAAGAUAAGGGACAAUCCACACGUCUCUAGAGAGGAAUGGGAGUGGGUGCAGAGAUUAGAAACCUGUAGUGCUGAACAGUGGCCCAUAACAUCAGGGGCAGAGUCUGACGAGGGAGAUGGAAAGGCAAGUUCUCCCUCUUCUGCCCAGCUUGUGUGGCAUUCUCAGCUGUGUAAAGCAGUUCAGCUAUUACUUAAUCAGUUGGAGGUUGAUGAAGAAGCACAAAAACAACAUCGACUUUACUGUGGAGAAGUCUUAGAGCUAAGCCCAGAUGUGUCUCUUCUGCUUAUCAUGCCACCAGUGGAUGCCGUAUGCUGUGCCCCAGGACAAGAAGAUGCCCUCUUGUCACAGCCUUCCUUGACAACAUUGCCUCUACAGAUAUUUGAAAUGAUCCACAUGGGAACAUAUCAGAAGGAACUGAUUGGGAGAUAUGCCCGCCUUUCAUACAUCCUGGAGAUGGACACACUGAUGGCUCAGCAUGCCAGCAGAGAGGCAUUCAGUAAAGAGGAAAUCAACUGCUCAAGGUCCCGUCUGUGGCAGCUCCAGUCUUUCCAGGAACAGCUGGACGUGACAUGGCGUGGCUUGCGCUGGGUGAUGGACGCCAUCAGUUAUGCCCGAGACAAAGCUGCAUCUGGUGCCCUGGUGACCAAUCUGCUGUCUUGUUCUUUUUCACCAACUAAUCAUCACUCAACAGUACAACAGCCCUCUCCACACAUUCCUGCUGCCACUACACCAAUACAAGACACGCACAGUUCCAGUGAAUCCCUCCAGCAUGGUGCAGACAGUAAAAGAUUAAGAAAAGAUGAUGACUUGAACUUCAGUGUAAAAAAAUCAGAUACUCCAAGAAUGCUGAAAUCUAACACAUCUGAGAAUAUUCGAGCUGCAGUGAAGUAUGAAACGAGAUUUCAUAAGUCGAAAACGACAGAGUGUUUAGUUCAUAGUAGUGGAUGUGUGCAAAGUUGUGGUAAAUCUUAUAAUUCACUAAAUGACUGUAUGUUAGACAGUGGAGAACAGAAUGAAAAUGUGCCCCUUCUAACAUGGACUCGUGAGAAAAUGGAAUUCAGUGGUGACACUAAGUUGUACAGUAAGGACUUCCCUACUUCUAGAAGUGAGAACCACUUACAACACUGUGUGGACCUCGGGUAUCCUCCAAGAAAGGCCAGUGCUCCUCCAUUUUAUGAUAGUCAUGAGGGAUGCUUGAAAUCAAUGUGUUGCACGAGUGAGCCAAAAAUAAACCAGACUAUUACUUCCUAUGAAUGUGUGGAGCAAGGGAAGAGGAAAAAGAAUAGCUGUGUUGACUUAGAAUACGAAGAUGCCAUGGCAAGUGGAAAGUCCCCAACCAGUAGUUGUUUUGACUUGCAACGAUAUGGUAGUAAUCUCAACGUUGAAAUGCAGCGAGCGGGAAGCAGUCUUAGCCACGAUUCAGAAGCUUCAUUUUCCAGCAUGACUGCCAGCUUACGGUCUCUCUCCUCCAAUGAAACAGAAACAGACACCCUCAGUCUGAUGUGCUCAGAGAGUGGCCGCAGUGAAAGUAAAAGCACAGAAGGUGAAGAAGUGAGUGAGGGAGCUGCUCGCAAUGAAGACUGCACAAUUAUACGGGUGUAUGCUGCAUAUCAGACAGGCAUGGCAUCUGGUACCUCAGUUAAAAUACACAUUACACCCAGAACAACGGCAAGAGAAGUAAUAGACUUGGUGGUGAAGCAGUUAAAUGUGGCUGUUGUACUCAAAGGCAAAAGUGGACCUACAUAUGGCAAUGAAAAGCUCAAAGAUUUCUGUUUGGUGGCUGUGAUUGGGAUGCGUGAGAGGUGUUUGCGUGAAGAUUUCAGGCCACUCCAGCUGCAGAACCCCUGGAAGAGAGGGAAGCUUUAUGUGCGAAUGAAGCAGGAUGUGUUGGCUGCUCUCGAGCAGAGCAACUCCCGACACUCAGCUUACCUGUAAUAUCAACCUUCAUUGUACAUUCCACAUCAUGCAUAAUCAUACUAUAUUUCAUAUUCCUAUUCAAGAAAAUUUUUGUACAUAUAAAUGUAUAGAGAAAAAAUGGCUAUGUUCUGUAAGAUAGUUUCCAUUCCCAUUAAACAUAGCCAAACAGAAAGUGUUGCAGUAUUGGGAAACCUAUGUUGCAAAUUAAGUAUAGCAUUUUCUAUACCCAGUGAUGUAAACAUCACAGACCUUUGGUGCAUAUUUAUAUUAUAGUGUUUCUUAAAUGAUGAUUAGAGACUUUCCAUCAAAAUCCAUCCCAAUCACACAUUACUGGGAGUUCAUGAAGGUCCCUGGUAUGAGUGCAUAGUUCCUGCUCAACUGAUCUGUUCCAGUUCAUGUUUGAACCCAAUGGCAUUCCAAAUCAUGAAGCAUACUUAUGAUUUGACAUUUUAUACAGUACCUUAUUUCUCCCUUAGGAUUUGUGUGUCCCAUUACACAUUUGUCUCAUUCCUUGUUGUAUGUUACACUUGUUAUUUCAUUUGAGAGAUGUUCAUGUUGUUAAGCUCCAUAAACAACUGCUUCACUUGUUGUCUUCACAAAAUUUUAUUUGUUUCAAGAAGUUUCUAAGAUUUUGCAAGACAAGAGAUUUCAAAUACAUUGGUAACUGCUUUCUGUCAACCAUAAUUAUAUGUGACUGGCCUUUGUUAUAUUAAAUGAAAUCAGCUGUGAUGAAAGGUCUUCUGGCAGCAAGUUGUGGGUCAUCUUCAUAUGGUUUGGUGGCCUGACUUCAUGGCUGGCUGGGUGACCUACUGUGUUGCUAGGGUAGACAGAGAUUAUGUAAGCAAGUGGUCAAACCAACCUAUUUAAGCAACAUUGGUAUUCCUUGGUGCAUAUUCCCUAAUAUAUUUUUUAAAUAUAUGAACCAUGCAGUAUUAUUACCAUGGUUGAUGCAAAAGUCACAUGACAGGGGGAUGAGCUGAAACAUUAGAAGAGUAUUUUGGAUGUUUAUAUAACACUACUGCCUUAUCAUUCAAGGAGCUUUUGUCAAUACCACCAUCAACAGAUCUUUACUUGCACACUAAAAACUCACUUUGAUACAGUAUGGUUUAGAUGUAUAGGAAAAAAUCAACAUAUCAUUACUUCUUUGAGUGGUCUCCAAUAGCAUGCUGUGUGCCUUUCAGAAAGGCCAGCUGUACUUACCUGGACUUAGUAAUCUACAAGUAUCUACCUUUGGUGCUCACUGGACAUUGAACAUUAUCAUCAGGUGACAACAAUAAAGAAAAAAGUAUAAAAGAUGGGGAUUUCAUUAAGUUAAUCAGCAUCCAGUGAAUAAACAUGAAUUCUAUAUCAGUCAUGUCAUUUCCAAAACAACAGCUCAGCUUUUUAACAAGGUGAGUUUGGGAUGAGACAAAACAUUUUUUAUUCAAUACAUAACACCAGAUUUGCAAAAGAAUAGCAUUCUUUAAUUCUUUAAUUGGGCUUAUUGUAGGAAUGAAAAUAUAGAGGAGGGGGAUCUCCAGUCCCUUCACUCUACCUCUUUUAGUUGCCUCAUAUGACACAGAGUGAAUACGGUGGCAGCAUUCUUCACUCAUCCAACCUGGUGAUGAGAUGUCCAGCCAGGCUCUUUCUCCCUACCACAAGCCUUUUAUAUAUGUAUGAUUUGGAACAUUUCUACCUGAUCCUGGAUGCAUGUGUCAGCGACCCUGUGAAUGAUGCUGAUGAUUUAUCAAAUCAUGCAAUAUAAGAUCAUAUAUGUAUUGUGUAAUUUAAAGAACUAUAUCUGCUAUUGCUACUGUUAUUUUAGCUAAUUCUUCAGAAAGAUAUCAUGUAAUAAAAAAUACAUUUUUAUACAAAGAAGGAAAGUUGAUUCUGUAUGACUAUUUGUACUUAAUGUUCUUGAUUACUCACUCUUUUACUUACAUGUACUCUAUUCACUGAAUUCAGGAUAAAGCUUGAAGCAUUUGAGUGUUGUAGUACAUACAUAAAUAGUACAUCAUACCUGCCAACACUUAAGUUGAUAUGUGAGAUCCUCAAUAUUAUGUCAAGUUGAGCAGCUUUCUCAGUGGUUAUGUCAAGAGAUACAAAGAUAAAAGUUGCCCUUCUUGGUAUCCCGUUAUAGAAUACCUAAAACUUAGAGAUCAUCACUAGAAAAGCAUAUUAACAAGAUAUGUGGAGAUGCUUACUGGAUAUGAAGAAUACAAGCAUGGCCUUUCUCCUACUGGACAGAGGCAUGAUGAGGAGAACAAUUAAACCAAAACUCAAGGCAAAAAAGGCUGGAUAUGUAUUUGAGAGUAAACAAGAAAAAGUAAGAAAGGGUACUGUUCUCUGCCAGAACUGUGUAGCUUCCACUGCCUGACUGCCUGGAUUUUAUCUAAUAGGAAAUCUCAUUACUUAUGUCAAUGCACUAAAACUAUAAUUUUAUGUUACAGAACUGAUAUAUCAAGAAAAUCUUAUUUUUAUCUUUAAAUAAUGCACAAAAAUAUUCCUGUGAGUAUGAGCGCACAGGCUAAAGUUUUCAUAAUCAUAAUUCACCAUUCCAUGCUGCAAACUUGCUUGAACACAUUCUUGCUUGUGAGAUUUUCAUUUUUUUUUUUUUUUUUUUUUUUUUUUACGAAAAUUCUAUCACCUCAUUGUGAGACACAAGUUGAUUUGAUGGUGACAAAGUACGAAAAGGAAACAAAGUGUGGAAUGCCCAUUUUUCAUAAGGAUACAUGCUAUUGUUUUAAUGUGACAGUUACAUUCAAGCAUUAACUUUUCUCAGUUUGUUUGUCAAACAAUUGUUACAGCCUAAAGAUAAUACAUGUGUAUUUAUAUAUGUGUGCUCAGGACAGCUUUACAGAGCAGUACUGGGUCUCUCUCUCUCUCUCUCUCUCUCUCUCUCUCUCUCUCUCUCUCUCUCUCUCUCUCUCUCUCUCUCUAAAACCUUGGUUUGGACACCUCAUCCCAGCCUCACACUUGCUCUCCAGUACAGUUUCCUUAUAACUUUUAAUGGAGUCAGAAGUUUUGGAAUCAUGUUACUUUAUGUCUAGGUUCUUGAUAUUCUGCAUUAAAGGGCAUUGAUUUUAUCAUGAAAGUCCGCUUCCCUUGGAUAUAACUGAUGAGAUAUGGACAACCAGACAAUGGAACACAUAGACGGAUAAGUAGACAGAGACAGGAAGACAAACUGAAAACUUUUAGUUAUAUGGAAUUAUAGAUUAUUAUCAUUAUUAUUAUUAUUAUUAUUAUUAUUAUUAUUAUUAUUAUUAUUAUUAUUAUUAUUAUUAUUAUUAUUAUUAUCAUUAUUGCUAUUACUGCUGCAGAAGCUCAUUCAUUCUUCUUGUCAAACCUUGAAAAUAUAAUUUAUUUUAGUAUGAAUUUUAAAAGACCAAGGUUUAAGAAAGUUUGGUGCUUGUGCUGACAAAAAUAUAUCUGUACACACAGACAAAAUUAAUCUUUAGCUCGUUUUCAUUUGUCAAUGACAGAAUCAACCUGAUGCUCCAGCUUGUAAAUUGUUUCCAAUAAUAAAGAUUGACUGAAACAUGCAGUACAGAUGAAAAAAUUCUGCUGUCUACACUUGUACAAGGCAGGCAGACAAACAGCAGCCAGCAUAUGAAAAUAUGAAAAUAUUUUCACCUGUUGGAGAGAUGCAAAGAAAAUUUAAUGAUUAUUUUUAAUUAUUAACAAAAUCCUCACUUACUUAUUUCCCAUCUGAGAAUAUUACAUGUUUCUCUGUCUUUAGUCUGUCAGUAUUGCCAUGACUGCAAGUAAGGAUAUGAGUGUGGCAAGGCCUUUACAGUGAAGCCAUUCCAGUGUACACUGGUCAUGUGUCUAUUUCUAUAUUUAUGUGGGGUUGGAUAACCAGUUCACAUGAACUGGUUCCAUAUCCUUAAAUCCAAGCACUUUGACAUUAUGCCUCUUCCAUGGGGUGACCUUAACAUCACCAGACAGCCAAUCCAGGGGUGGAGUGGACAAGACUUAUUGUGAUGUCCCUGAGCCACUGGCACAGGCUUAACAGUUCAUGAAAGCACCAGUGUUGGUCUGGCUGGUGUUGUGUUGGCAGUGAUAUAGAUGGACCAAAAAUGAGAUGUAUGUAGAAAAGGUGAUGAGGAAAUUCAGGCCGAAGCAGGAAUACUAUACAUUUCUUUAUAUUUCAUCAAGAGAGAGACUGUCAUUCUCUCUGAAGAGUCACCUGUGGUAGAAAUGUAUGGAAAUAAAUAUACAUAUAAAUAAAUAUGUACAGUAUACUUCUGCCUCAGCCUGAAUUUUCCCAUCACCUUUCACACUGAGAGUGCAGAGUGUGAUGUAUCACUACCAUAAUGAUAAUGCCUAUUGUUUUCAUGACCAGCAGUCAAUGAAUGCAUUAUCAAUGCCCAGUGUGUCUACAGGAAUCACUUGACAGAACUGGACUAUGAAUACAAUGCAUACAGCAAUCACAUCUAAUAAGUGCAUAUAUACAUGCAUAUACAUAUAUACAGGGAUCCCCACAUUUAUUCAAAAUGUUCCUGAAAACCUUUAUGAUGAGUUCAUUUUAAAAUGUAAUUACUGUUAUGCUGUAUGUAACCAUCACAUACUAUGCCCUCAUGCUUACAUUUCUAAGUAACACAUAAUGAUACACUUACCACUUUUGUACAUAGUAUUUUACUUUUAUUUUGCAGCAAACUUCAACAGAUCAUUGAAAUAGUGCCACCUGGUACCAUACUUACUGAAUAAAUGGGUAGCUCACACACAGGUAAAGAUGAGGUGUUGUGGUGUGUGCUGGGUCAGUUCUGAGUGUUGUUCGUCAGGAUGGUGAUGAGAGUGACAGUGUAAUGGGCACAUGAAAACAGAUUCAAUGAUGACAGAUAUCCCAAGAUACAGAGUCCUUACAAAACUCUGCCUUGUGGAUCACUGACAUCUGAAGCUUCUUAUCACUGCCAAGGACUGUUUCCUUUUCCCUUUGCACUAAAUCUCUUCCCAUCAAACUAAAAAGGUUUCUUCAAUGAAAUGACAAAUUAUAGCAGGUUGCUAAGUACAGUUCAGAAAACUUUUCAUCAUAGAAACUAUUGCAAUUGUAGUAACAAUAAUAGACAAGAGAGAAGCUCUGAAGGAAUCCAUAAAAAAGUCCUUUCAGGAAGAAAAUAUUGAAGUCAUGUUAUAGAAGACAAUGAGGAACUAUGUAAAACAAAUUAAAUAUUGAUUUCCUUAUAUAAGGCAAUAUCAACAUACCCUAUUAGCCCAGUUUUCACAGAAAAUAAUGACAAUGGAUCUUAAGAAAUAUCAGUUUUUAAAUUUUAACCAGAAGGAAAUAUAACUGUAAUAAAAAAUUUCCUCAUAACAACGAAUUAACAUAGUAUUUCUAGAAGAAAUUCCAUUGGUGAAUGUGAAAUAAAAAGCACCAUGAUAUUUCAAUGCACGUAAAGUAACUUGCUGCCUUUCUUGUACAAUGUUGACUUUCAGUGACUGCCUGGACCACCUGCGUUGCUCUAAGCAUGCAAGGAAAUGAUAAAUGACAGAUAUGCUGAUGUCUGAUGAUAUUCUUUAACCUCUGUAUGUUAAUUCUUUGCAUCAUGGCACUUAUCAUAACGCCAAGACUUGAACAUUUCACAGCUGUCUUCUGCACUCACUCAAGCUUUGUCAGCUAUAUUCAUCACAUAAAGAUGCUCCACUGUUUCAUGAAAAGGCAUUAAGAACAUAGUUAUAUAUUUAUUUCAUGUCUGAAUCAUGUUUCUAUAAAAGUUUAAAAUACUUUUUUAUACAGUGUUUUUAAAGGACCAGUGACAGGAUCCAAAAGCUGCUGGUCAUCAUUUUUAUAAACUUAGACUGAAGAUUAUUUGUAUUUAUAUUGUACAAAUUAGACAUGCUAUUUUAGUAGGAACUGAUUAAUGUGAUGUUAAGUGGACCAAAGUAUGGUAUAUUGUUGGGGUGAGUGGUGCACAGCCACCCACCCACACCUCACAGUACCCUUGGCUUUCAUUGCACACAACCUGACUCUGUUGUUAGCUAGGAGAGAAGACAUAACAUUAUCAUUUGCAAUGUUGUUUAAAGUAUAUAUAUAAAUAUAUAUAUAUGUACCUUGUAUAUGGCAGACCAAAUUAUGUAUAUAUCAAAUAGUACAAGUAUAUUUGACGUUAAAAUAAAAUAAUUUAUUUGAA